AUGAAUUUCGCGGAGUUCAUCUCAUAUGUAAAGAAGCUGGUAAAGGAUGGAAGAAUCAUUGUCCACUAUUGUCUUCCACAACAUUCACUGAGAGAUUUGAGAGCCUUUGAAGAUGAAAAUGAUUACGUAUGUUUUCUUGAUGCUGGAUAUGAGAAUGGGGGAAUGAUUAAUUUGUACAUUGAUCACUCUCAUGAAGCAGUUAUGGAGUGGAUUGAAGAAGCGAUAGUUGAAGAUGGAUUGUCAGACGAUUAUACGGAUGAUGAUGAUGAUGAUGAUGAUGAUGAUGAUGUAGACUCUGAACUUUCAGAUAAUGAGUUUGUGGAGCAUGAACCUGAUGAUGAAGUGAUACAAAUACAACCAUCUGAUGAUCCUUUCGUUAGACGAAAUUUUUUCAGGCCACCAAGAGUUGUAGAUGAUAAGAAAGAUGUGAAGUCAGAUCUUCCUAAGUAUCAUGUUCAUGAUCCUAACCAUAAAUGGAUACAUUGGCACCAAUCUUAG